AUGCCUGCUCUACCUUUCCCUCAAAAGCAAAGAAGAGAGAAGCUUGGCAAACACCCAACAAAGAAGAAGAAAGCCAAACAAAGAAGUAAUGACGAGACUAAAGAGAGUAAAUAUAUGCCUGCUCUACCUUUCCCUCAGAAGCAAAGAAGAGAGAAGCUUGACAAACAGUUUGGGCAUUUUCUAGAAGUGUUCAAGCAGGUGCAAAUUAAUCUACCUUUCACAGAGGUACGCUCUCAAAUGUCAGGAUAUGCUAAGUUCUUUAAGGAUAUAUUGUCGAACAAGUGGAAAGCAGAAGAGACAUCGAAAAUUGGAAGGAGAGAUUGGAGAAAUCAGAUCUAUACCAUGUCUUUGCAGCUGGUGGAUCAGACCACAAUCAUGCCUGAAGGAAUAGUGGAAGAUAUCCUAGUUCGGAUGGAAAAAUUUACGUUCCCUGUGGACUUCAUCGUGCUCAUUCUAAGAGUGGGGGAAGAAAGGGUGGUGUUCAAAAUGAAGGAGGCAGUAGGUGCACCUAGAGAUAAUUUAAUGGCAUACCCUGAUUCCAAGGCAGAUUCCAUAAAGGAGCUAGCUAAAGAGGUGAAGCAUGAUAAGUGUGGGGUGCUCCCUAAGAAGGCAGAAGAAAAUCUUGGCAUGGAUGUGUGCACUGGGUCGGGUGUGCAAGGUGGAUCCCGAUAUUAA